CAAAACGUGAAAAAAAUACAUUUUUUUCUCAAUUCUCAAACACAACUAAGUGGUCUACAUUAUCUGGUGUGAUCAGAACGUAAAAAUUUGUCAUCUGUGUCACCCAAAUCGUGCUUGGUAAAAUAAGAUAUUCAUGGUGUCUCACUCACUCUUGUAUGAAUGUUUACAAACGACAUUCUAUUAGCACACAACUAAAAAUUAAAAUCCAUGCAAAAUUGCAAAUGGCGCGUAUUAACUUCGGUAUCAUGAUACUUGAUACUCAUUGUGAUACGCCGUAUCAUAAUCGAUCUUGAUAUACGCUACUCAUGUUGAUACUCGUAUUAAAAUUCGUUUUAAUAGUUAAUGAAGCAUUCGUCAGUAGUAACUAUUAAGAUAUCAUGAUAUUUUAUUAAUACUCGGACAUCUAUAGGUUAAGACAGUGUCGUUUGGCUCAAGUUUUAAUAAGAAUAUUAAAUAUUUUUUCUAAGGUUUGUUGUUUAGUAAGGUUUGAAUGAAAGAAAAUGUUGAGAACAAUGUUAUUGUCAACGCGAAUUCAAGUAGCUUCAAAAUGGAACGUUAUACAUGCUGUAUCAAGUCAGUUACGUUUCUAUUCUAAGAAUCCCGAUGAGGUACAACAGUGGAUAUCUACGCUGGAUGAGGCACAACAAAAUCGUAUAAGGUUCUUUCAAAAUGAAGUUACAUUGAAACGUGAUCAAGCUGAAAGUGUGCCAACAGUAGAAUAUCUCACUACCAACGUCCAACAUCUUAUGAAUCUAUCAAAUAAUCAACGUAUAAAAUAUUACAAUUAUUUAAAUAAAACGGAAGCAUCAAUCGCCUCCAAAUCAGGAAAAGAUAAUAUUCGGGAAAAAAUCCAGGAAGAAAAGACUUCAAUGGGUGUAUUUGACGAAGAAAAACCAGCAAGUGAUCAAAAAUACAUCGAAUAUGGAUUUGGCAAAAAUGCUUUAAUACCAAAAAUUCACGGCCGAACAAUUGACAAAUGGAGGAAUACGCGAACAUUGUGGCAUGAACAUUUGGGCGCCCCAAAACUGAUAUACGAUUGUAGUUAUUCACACUACAUGACGCCACGUGAAAAUAACGAAGUGGCUAAACAAUUGACAAUAGCCUUUGGAAAUAAUCGUCGACAUUUUCAGUCAUACGAGCUUAAUUUUUGUGGCAUGGACAAACAAAGUAUGCUAUGGUCAUCACUACUAAAAAAAAUCCCAACAAUUACUACUAAACCGCUACCACUCCGAAUACACAAAGCUGAUGCAUCGGAAGUUUUUCCGAAAGAAAAACUCGUCUUACUCACGCCAAAUUUGCCAAACGUAUUAAGAGAGUACAAUAACGAUGAUCAUUACGUAAUUAGCAGCAUUGUUGAUCGCGGUGAUAAAAAACCAUUAUCAAUUGCUAAGGCAAAAGAAUUGAAUAUUCGUCAUGCACGUCUUCCCUUGGAACAGUAUCGUAGAUGUCGAAUGAAUAAAGCAUUGACAUUAGAUCAAACGAUGAGCAUAAUGCUUGAAUUAAAAAGAACACGCGAUUGGAAUAAAGCAUUUGAUUUUGCUGCAGGACGCAAAUUUUACUAGUUUUACUAGCAAGUAAAAAAAUGAUGGUUUUUAGUAAAAAUAUCCAAUAAAGUAAUUAUAAGCAUUUUUGCAUGAA